AUGAGCGCCACGCGGCGCACGCGCCCGACCACGGCGCAGUGCUUCGCGGCGACACUGUUCGCGCUGCUCGUCGUCGCCGCCAUCGUCGUCAUCAUCUGGCUGGCGCUCCGGCCCGGGAAGCUCCACCUCUCCGUCGACCACGCCACGGUGCGCGGCUUCAACUUCACGGCGGGGGACAGCGGCCUCGCCGGCACCUUCCUCCUCGCCCUCCGCGCCUACAACCCCAACAAGCGCUCCGUCGUCUACCGAUCCCUCGACGUCGGGGUAUGGUUCGGCGACACGUACCUCGGCGGCGCCGAGGUGCCGGGGUUCCGCCAGCCGCCGCGCAACGAGACGAGGAUCGACGUCGCCGCGCCGGCCGUGCGGGACGCGCUGCCGCGGGAGGUGGAGCGGGCGAUCAAGCGGGACCGGUCCGGCGGGAAGCUGCCGCUCGACGUGCACGUCCGGAGCAAGGUGUCGUUCAGGUACGGCAUCGUCAGGACGCGGCGCUACAAGAUGCGCGCGAGCUGCCCGCUCGUGCCCGUCGACUUCGCCUCCCCGACCUCCUUCGAUCGGGUCUACUGCCACGUGCAUUUCUGAGUGCAUGCUGCUCCUCAUGCAUAUUGCA